UGUGUUCUGCAGAUUAUUUUCUCGAACGUUCAUUGAAGUAUUGAUGCUGAACAGGGUCGUGAGAAAAGAAAGAGAGCUAAUCGCUAGAUUUGCUAGAUCAGGACUGGAGGACAGAUGCAAAUCGUUCCACGAAUUUCCUUCGUCAUUACUUCCUUGUCGCUUCAUUAUUACGACUCCGUUGUAUCGAACUGUAUUUCUGCGAAUCCAGCCAUGCACGAGCAAUCGUCAUGCGCAAAAAAAAAAAAUUCGCCAUCUUCUAGUCUCUAGAGAGUUUCUAGAUGAUUCUAUUCGCGACGUAGAUGGCGCGACCGGUCUCCCCAUUCGACACCGCUCGAAUGUUUGUUGAUGUUUCUUCCAUCGGGAUCAAUUAACUUCAACCGAUAAAUCGUUCGUUUCGAUUAAAAUUCUAGGUACAUAAACAUUUGUAAGAUAAAACUCAAUUGUUAGACAUCGCAAUUCUCAGGAAGAGAGAGAGGGGGAGAAAGAGAGAGAGACGACACUACGGUUAAAUCAAGACUGAAACAGGCUCUGGAAAUCCCUUUUCUGCUCCUUUAUGUUUUUUUUUUUUUUUAAACAUUCCAUAGUCGGAAUUUUUCAGAAUGGGCUUUAAAGCCCGCGAAAGACGGGCGCUUAAAGUCGCGACACUCGGUCUUAAUAAAUGAUCAUAAUGAAAAUUUUGUUAUUUUUUGAUUCACAUUACAAAAGACGUGAAUGUGAAAAAAUAACGUGUCAGCGAAGCUACGUUGUGAUGUCUGUUUGUAGUACUACAUACAAUAUCGGAGCAUAGGUGAAAUUAUUUAGUUGUUUUCAAUUUCUCGCUGAUACCUAUUUAAAUUAUUAAUUACAUAAAACAUUCAUCACAUAUAAACGCAAGCACAAUACUUUUAAAGUACCCCAGAUGAGGAAAUCACACAAUAUUCAUCAAAUACCCAUUUUUUAUCUAAUAAUUUCUAGCUAUAGAUAUACUAAUACAUCCUAAUCUCGGCGAUAACAAUUGCCAAUAACUGGCAAACGCAGCAUUUGAUGAUAUCGUAUUUCAAGAUAAAAUGUGUGAUCAAAUAAGCGACGCCAUUUUGGAUGCACACCUGAAACAAGAUCCCGACGCUAAAGUAGCAUGCGAAACCGUAACAAAGACUGGGAUGAUACUACUGUGCGGGGAGAUUACAUCAAAGGCUGUAGUGGAUUAUCAGAAGAUCGUUCGAGACACAGUGAAACACAUCGGCUACGACGACUCUUCAAAAGGUUUUGACUACAAGCUGUGCAACGUUCUGUUGGCGCUCGACGCUCAGUCUCCAAAUAUCGCGGCAGGCGUUCACGAAAACCGUAGCGACGAGGAAGUGGGAGCAGGAGAUCAGGGUCUAAUGUUCGGGUACGCAACUGAUGAAACUGAUGAAUGUAUGCCACUGACGGUCGUACUGGCGCAUAAAUUGAAUCAGAAAAUCGCCGAGCUAAGACGAAGCGGCGAACUGUGGUGGGCUCGUCCAGAUUCAAAAACACAGGUAACCUGUGAAUACAUCAUGGACCAUGGAGCCUGCGUACCUAUAAGAGUCCAUACUGUUGUGGUGUCACUGCAACAUAGCGAAAAAAUCGGUCUAGAUGAGUUACGUAAGGCGGUCAUGGAGAAAGUCAUCAAAGAAGUGAUCCCAGCGAGAUAUCUGGACGAAAGAACAGUCUUCCACGUUAAUCCUUGCGGGCUUUUUAUUAUUGGUGGGCCACAGAGCGACGCUGGUCUCACCGGACGGAAGAUCAUUGUAGAUACGUACGGUGGUUGGGGGGCGCAUGGUGGUGGCGCGUUUUCCGGUAAAGAUUUUACGAAGGUGGACAGAUCGGCUGCGUAUGCUGCAAGAUGGGUCGCCAAGUCCUUGGUGAAAGCUGGUCUUUGCAGACGCUGUCUCGUACAGGUCUCAUAUGCCAUUGGAGUGGCGGAACCAUUGUCCAUCACAGUUUUCGAUUAUGGCACAUCCACGCGCUCCCAAAACGAGCUCUUAGACAUAGUGAACAAGAAUUUCGAUUUGCGACCCGGCAAGAUCGUCAAGGAGUUGAACCUUCGCAAUCCUAUUUAUCAACAAACCAGCACGUACGGUCACUUCGGACGGGACGGCUUCACAUGGGAGCAACCGAAAAAGCUGAUUCUCGAUUGAUGAGAGGAUGAAUUUUAAAUUGGUCUCGGCGUUUCUCGGUUUUAGAUAUUCGAUAGAACAUCUGUUUCUCUUUCUCUAAUUCUAUCUCCUUCUCUAUCUUCCUCUCUCAGAGAAGUAACUGUGUUAUUUCAAAUUAAAAAGGAAAAAAAAGGGAAUUUCGUCCGCGAUGUACUUCGAUCUCUGUGCCGCAGCAGCCAUCACCGGAGGCUACCGAUUUCUUACGCCAAUACUUAGCAAUAGAGGGGACUAGGUAUGGGCAGUUCUCUUUCUAGUUCUUUUUUGCCGUGGAAUACCGCAUUAUAUAUGUGACGACAGGCAUAGUACAAAUCUCGUUCAUGGUCCGACAAACGGACGUGGACAAUCAUUUCUUCCUUAAUUCUUCGGUUUCUCGCGUGGUGGAAUCAAUACGGCACACUGAAUAUAUAGAUAAAAUGGACGCGAUUACGCAAGGGAAAAAAAAAGGAGCGAACCGAGCCUAUGUUAUGGAGCGCAUUGUAAGUUUCCAGGUUCAGGUUCUUGAAAGCUACUUUCUUAAACUGACGUGAGUUAACUCACUAACAGCAGUCUGGUAACAGUCGAUCCUUUUUCGCUGAUACACACUGAUGCUUUUUACUUGCAAACGAGUAAGAAGAAGAGAAACUUGUAGCGGAUCAAAUUUUCAUCUGGAAAAAAAAGAAUGUAUAAACAGGCGCUAUAUCGAUACGUGUUUCCAGAUUCCGGGAAUUGUAACUGCAGUCUCAUAGAUUUUUAGCUGUAUUCGUAGUCACUUGCACGUACACGAAAGUUCGAUGCUCUGACUUGAUCUCAAUUGGUACUCAUUUUUACAGAUGUAAAUUAACUUUAAAUAAAGAUAGAAGUGAGCUAAUUUUUAAUAAGAAUGCACGAAUAUACAGAAUACACACGCAUCGCAGAUUUAUCGUUAAUAAAUUUGUAUUUUAUUUCACUGAUGACGCUAUCCCGAUUACCGAUUGAUCUUUCGUGUACGUAUCUUCACUAGGAAUUAUUAAUCGUUGAGGAAGGCAAAGAAGUUGUGUAAAUUGAUGACAGUGUGUCCUUGACAUAUGUGUAGCAAAGAAGGAAAUGACGUUUGUGCGUGAUGAACGCAUUCGCGUCACGUUCAUGAGUUUCACGAAAGACAGUUGCAAACAUAAUAUAUCCGAUCGAAUGCAUUAUAUCGAUUAGAUCAUCGUGUUAAAUAUCUUAAAGAAUAUUUAAAAAAAAAAGAAAUGUCAUGAGAUUAGUCUUAACAGCUUCGUUAUGUGGAAUUAGAUUUCAUUGUUUUAUAGUAUAAACGCGCGUAAUACUCGUAACACUAUUGCAGACGUGUUUUAAUCGCUCCAUAAAGAAUACGGUCAUUUCCCCCUUUGCUAUUGUUUUAACUAAAUAGAACAAUUGCAACAGAUAUAUUAGAUGAAGGAAGCGAAAAUUGAGAAAUCUAAUCCCGGUAGAGAUCCAGCACAGACCGUGUGACGGAGCUCGAAAAUGUUGUAGAAUUUUUCAUUGUUCUUUGGUACAGACGAAUUUUGUCCGACCUCGUCGGAUUUCAAUGAAAAAAAAAAAAAUAGAGCAAAAGUUGUAAAAAAAAUUAGUCACCUUCUGGCAGAAUUGACGUGUGCGACUUGCGACGUAAACCAUAUCGGCAAUAUGUAAUAGUGCACAGGAUCGUAAAAAAAAAGACACAUAAAAAUAAAACGGAUUUUUUAAUAAAAGCA